GGGGGCCAAACCCAACUCCCCUAACCAACUAACCUGCGCCGCGGAAUUAGAGCUUCUGAUUCUCACUACUGAACUCCCCCAUAUCCAAAAAUUCCAACACCAACAUUUCAUUGUUUCUUCUUCUUCUUCCUCCUCCUCCUUCGGCUCUUCAUCCAUCUCUAAUCAUUCGCAAAAUUGUAUGGGUUGUACGAUGAGGGAUAAACAUAUCAGGGCAAAUCGAAGACCUCGUUCGGUGAAACCUGAUCCGGAUUCAUGCGACAAGGAUGCCAUAUCGAAAUCCAUAGCGGAAUCUGGUCUCAAACCCUUGAAGUACAAUCUGGGUCUUUACGAUUCUUCAUCUCAGAACCCUAAUCCUAGCCCCAAUUCGAACCCUAGUAUUGACGAAGCUGGAUUGGGUCGCUUCAUCCCCACCGAGGAGCAGCUGGAAGAUGUCCUGUUGAAAAACCUGGAGGUUGUGUACAAUGAAGCUGUGUCAAAGCUUGUUGCUUUGGGAUACGAUGAGGAUGUUGCUGUUAACGCCAUUUUGCGAAAUGGGCAUUGCUAUGGUGGCAUGGAUGUGCUCACAAACAUUUUGCACAACUCCUUAGCGUAUUUGAAUAGCAGCAAUGGUGGUGGUGGUGGUGGGAAUAGUGAUGGGAAUUCGGAUGAGUCGGAGCCGGUUUUUUCUGACUUGAGGCAGUUGGAGGAGUACUCUCUGGCGGGUAUGGUGUGUUUGUUGCAACAGGUGAAGCCUAAUAUGAGUAAAGCUGAUGCCAUGUGGUGUUUGCUCACGAGUGAUCUUCAUGUGGGAAGGGCCAGCACGGUGGAGGUUCCGGCGGGCACUGUUAGCCCUGCUCCUGCUGCGGUCGAGGCGGGUGGAAAUUCGGUUGGUGUUACGGCUCCAGCUCUGUGCAGGUUUCAUGGGGGUUGGGGGUUUGGAAGUGGGGGAGGCUUGGAUGCUCCGGCGAGUGGGACAUUCUCUUGUGGUGCAGCAGAGAUGAACUUGCAGUUGCAAAGAGAUAUUGAAUUUCCAAAGAGGUUUAACCUUUCUCCUUCGAUGAAGUCCUUAUUGAAGAAGAAUGUCGCUAUGUUCGCUGCUGGUUUUAGGGCCAACUCUAAACAUUUGCAGACACAGGCCAAGGCCUUUCCUGGCCGUGAUACAGUGUCUAAUGUGGAUUCUUCAGCUGUUUCCGGGACGGAAGUCCCGGUUGAUCAGUCCGGAGAUUCUCAGAAUCUCGUUAACCAAGAUGUUGUGAACUCGGUGCUGAGUAAAUUUCGUGAUUUAAAUCUUGAUGAGAAUAUGGAGCUUGUGGCAGAUGAUCAGAAAGAUGAGGUGAUAGUCACUUUAUUUCAUCAGAUUAAGGAUCUUGAGAAACAGGUCAAGGAGGUAAAAGAGUGGGCUCAUAAGAAGGCAAUGCAAGCAGCAAGAAAGCUAAGCAAUGAUCUGACUGAGCUGAAAAUGCUGCGGAUGGAAAGAGAAGAGACUCAAAAAUUGAAGAAAGGGAAACAGGCACUUGAGGACACAACCAUGAAGAGACUCUCAGAGAUGGAGAAUGCUUUGAGAAAGGCUAGUGGUCAAGUAGACCGUGCAAAUGCUGCUGUAAGAAGACUAGAGACAGAGAAUGCAGAAAUCAAAGCAGAGAUGGAGGCUUCCAAAUUAAGUGCAUCAGAGUCGGUGUCAGCGUGCUUAGAAGUUGCAAAAAGGGAGAAGAAAUGCUUAAAGAAACUUCUUGCUUGGGAAAAACAGAAAGCGAAGCUACAGCAGGAGAUUUCCGAUGAAAAAGAGAAGAUAUCGCAGGCAGAAGAAGUAUUGGCUCAGAUUAGACAGUGUCAAAAAGAAGCUGAGGUUAAAUUGACGGAGGAGUUGAAGGCUAAAGAUGAAGCAUUCACACUAGUUGAGGAGGAACGCCGCGCUAAGGAAGCAGCAGAGUCUAAUAACAAGAGGAAGCUUGAGGCUUUGCGCCUGAAGAUAGAGAUAGAUUUCCAGCGCCAUAAGGAUGAUCUUCAAAGACUUGAACAGGAGCUUUCGCGCCUUAAAGCAUCUGCUCAAACUGCUGAGUUACAUCACCAGUCACCUAUGAGUGGCUCUGAGGGUACAAAGCCCCAAAGAGACACAAUUGCGAAGCUGCUUCAAGAACUAGACAACCUGGAGGAUAUGUCAGAGAAAGAAGUGAGCAGCAACAGGGAAUGCAUUAUAUGCAUGAAAGAUGAAGUCUCUGUUGUUUUCUUGCCCUGUGCACAUCAGGUCAUGUGUGCGAGUUGCAGUGAUGAGUAUGGAAGGAAAGGUAAGGCUGCUUGUCCUUGCUGCCGUGUUCAAAUCCAACAGAGGAUCCGCGUAUUUGGGGCAAGUUCAUGACUUAUUUAAAGUUUCAAUGGUACUUGGGGCAGGUAUACCCUGUGAAUUUUUACAUACCCUGUGAAUUUUUACAUACCCUAUGAAUUUCUACAGAACUUUGGGGCUAUUGGUCAAACUGAAUUCACACUGCUUGCUGUGAAUCGUGACCAUAGGCAAGAAUUAAUGUUAUUACAUAGAUAGUAAUAAGUAUUGGCGUUAGCUGUCUCUUUGGAUUGUAUGAAAAUUUGUUGGUUUGCUGCC